AUGGAUGGAAAUCGACAGUUGACCCAAAUGUCCUACUGCACCGUGGUAGAUAAAAAGGACCAGUCUAAAUUCAUAUGCUACACGCAUAAAACAUCGGAGAUGUUCAAUGUUGGGUGAGUGUUAAUAGCUAUCCAUUUCCGUAUAUCUAACCAUGCUUUUCUAACAACGAUAACUAGCUAGCUAACAGAAAACUGUCCUAAAUUGCUAGCUAGUUCUUGGCAUUAAGCAACCAAACUAACAACACGUUUACAUAUCUCAUCGAUUUGGGUGAAUCAGAAGCUCGUGCUGAGGUGUUUUAGAGAUUGGCUAACAACAAAUAUUAAAGCGGCCUCUAGUGGUGCCAACUGGAGAAUGCGAGAUAGAAAAGAGCCACCUGUAAGAGAAAGAAACAUGCAUGAUAGCUAGAGAUGUUGUUGUUGUAGUGACAUUACAGCUAACAUAAUUUACUUGUUUUCCUGUCCCAGUUUGACAAAUGCCGCUGAUGUUUGGAGCACAGAUUUCACUGAGGAGACAUUGAACCAGUUUGUAAGUAUACUUAUUGAACUAAACCUGCAAAGAGUAGCAUUUUCCUUCUUUAUUUGAUAACAUAAUGACAUGCACUAUUAUUUUCAGAGACAGAAGUUUGCCUUGAAGUCAACAGAGGAUUAUAUCUUGAAAAUCAGGCAUGUUUUUCCCAUUCCCCAUUUCAUGUACUCCUUGAGAUCCUUACAAGAUCAUUGACUCUUUCGGACACAUUUAUACAUUCCAUGUCUUUAUAAUACUUAUUACUUGUAUUCCUCCCGUAUCUUCUCCCAGGUCUGCCUGUGGCAGUGGGAUUGUGUCUGUAUCAGUGCAGGGCACCGGUGCAGUGCUCUGUGUAGGCACCAGUCCAGGGGACCUGAGUGUGACUCUGUCCAGACUGAAACAGCCCGAGGCCAAAGAGAAACUGAGAGAGCUGCUGUUUAGAAUGGCAGACAGUCUGACUCGUUUAGACCAUACAGGUAAGGUUUGGGACGGAGCCCUCAUUCAGCACACAGUUCUCUUCUUAUCAUACUGACUCUGAUCUAGGGAAGUUCAAGAACUUGCUAAUUGCUGUUACAGAUUGCAUGUGUACUCUUUGAUCCAACACCAGCACUCCUUGUUUUGUUUCUUGUCUAGCAGGCCCAGCCCCAUUCAGUCCUGGAAAGAGUCCACACAAACGCAAUACAGGUGACGUGUGCUGUUUUCUUUUGCCUUGUUACAUUACAAUAGACCAUAGCUCGUCCUCAUAGCUAUAAAGGUGUAAAGUAAAUGGUACUCUUGAUUGUUCAGAUUUUGAGCCAAGGAGACCGCCGCAGAGUGGCCAAAUUCUGGCAGUCAAGAAGCGUCUUCCAGGAGAUUCUCUUAUCAACCCAGGAACAAGGAGGUACUGUACUUGUCUGAACCCCAAAUGGCACCCAUGCUCCUUCAUAUUGCACUUUUGAACAGAGCCCUAUGGGCCCAGGUCAACAGUAAUGCACUGGAUAGGGAAUAAGGUGCCAUUUGAGACACAGCCACUGAGACAGUCGUUACAUACUCCCAUGCAUCUGGGGAUCCAUUUGCAAAGAGACAAAUCAACUGUUGUUGUUUUUCUGUCCUUUUCCAGAAAGCGUCAAGCAACGGGGGUGGCAUUUGAUGAUGAAGAUGAUCCAUGAUGAUUUGCUAAAGAGAAAUUACCACAGUUGCCUUCCAUCAUCACUAUAA